GACGCUUCACGAUAAGUCGCGCUACGUCAUACACUAUCGCAAUUUGCAGCAAUGUGUACCUCAUGGGUUGCGCGUAUACUUAAGAUUCAUCGCGUUUUACGAUUAGCGCAAUCGCCGUGGCUGCGCGGAUACAUCGAAUUGAAUACGAUGUUUAGAGUCCGUGCGAACAACAAAUUCGAGAGAACUAUGUACAAGCUUAUGAACAACGCGGUGUACGGGAAGACCGUGGAAAACGUGCGCGAGCACGUUGACGUGCGUCUUGUGACGCGUUGGGAUGGAAGGUAUGGAGCGGAAGCGCUAAUUGCUAGGCCGAAUUUUCACAGUAGAAGCGUUUUCUCCGAAGAUCUGAUGGCCGUCGAGUUACGGAAACUCGAGGUGAUGCUCAACAAACCGAUAUACGUUGGUAUGUCCAUCCUGGAGAUAGCGAAAACGCGAUUGUACGAGUUUCACUACGAAUACAUGGUACCGUUAUAUCGCGGUCUUUGUAACAUAAUGUACACGGACACGGACAGUCUGAUCUAUUUUGUCGCAUGCGACGACAUUUACGAGGAUAUGAAACGCUCCAUCGAAAGAUUCGACACGAGCAACUACGCCGAGAACAACGCGUACGGUAUGCCGCGCGCGAACAGGAGCGUUCCGGGUCUGAUGAAGGAUGAGAAUCGUGGCGCGAUUAUGGUAGAAUUCGUAGGGUUGAGAGCGAAGAUGUAUGCCGCGAGGGUGCUCGGACAGAGCGACACGAAAAAGGUGAAGGGUGUAAAGAGAAACGUAGUCAAGAGAACGAUAACGUUCGACGAUUUCACGCGAACGUUGCGCGAUAUGACGGAGCAAUCGAGAUCGCAAUACUGUGUGCGUUCGCGACUGCACGAGGUGUAUACCGUGUCCGAAACGAAACUGGCUCUCAGUCCUCACGACGACAAGCGAUACGUCGUGCCCGAAUCGUGUAACACGUUGCCGUGGGGACAUUACAGAGUGCCGCAACAAGAAUAAUACUACAUGUAAACACCU